CAGCUGAGACAGACCAUUCCUCACGCACACCCAGCAGGCGGCUCCAGGAACUGGAAUUACAGGUCCCGAGCUAAGGAAUUGCACCCGAGCGUGAGCUGGGCUGCGAGGUCCAGGAACCGGGACCUCCGGUGAGAAACCAGAAUGAACGUGGGGCUGAGGAGCUGCGUGAGGCUGGUCUUCCACUUCCUGCGGGGAACAUGGUACAUCCUGGUGCUCUGCGUCCGAACUCGGAUUUGGCCGAUAUUCUUGUCCUUCACCAGGGGUUUGAAGGAUGUGGUCAAGAGGGUCUGGAGAUUGCUAUUGAGCCAAACACAUCAGAAACUGGUGCUGUUACUGCUGCUUGUAGCGAUAGGGCUCGCGGUAUUUUUCUUUCCUCAUGGGACAGUGAAUUAUGAAGCUGGAGAACCAGACCUCUUAAGUGUCGUCGACCUCCUAAGAGUGCAGGGUAGACUAGAAGCCCAGGGGAAAAUGACUGACAAUCUGAGAACCUGCAUGGACCUCGCCCUGCAGGAAUUCAUGAGAGAACCUCCAAGCAUACAGGACAAUGCCCAGAUGCUGAUCCAGUGCAGAGGAAGGGUGUUGGAAUUUAAAUCCGGAGAUGGGAAACAUGAGAUCUACAUAUAUUACCUCAACGGGGAACCCCGGUAUGACGUGAAAGAGCCAACAAUGGACAUGUAUCUAUCCCGGCUGCACUCCCACCCGGAACGGCUGAGUGUCGAGAACCUGCUGAAGGUGCAGAACCGACUGGAGGCUGGAGAGAAGAUGACUGAGGUGCUGAGACGAUGCUUUGAACUCACCCUGGAGAGAUUCCCCAAGGAGCCGGUGUGCCUGCAGAACAACGCCCGGCUGGUGAUCAGCACCGUGGGAAUGAGGAUGGUCUUUCUCUCUGGAAGAGGGGAGAAUGAAAUCAACGUUUUUCCCGACAACACGGGGCUCGUUCAGUAUGUGGUCAAAGUGCCGGGAUGGUUGGCCUGGGUAGCCAGGAAUAAGGUGAUCAUAGUUCUUGUUACAAUCCCAAUCUUCAUUUGCCAAAUGAUGAUCUAUCAGAAAAUUAGGCAACGUACUUAAAAAACACUUAGCUUUAGAAAACUACGUCCACCAAACACUGAGUCCUCUGUCUCCAACCAGACAAAUUUCAAUGUUGCCAACUCUUGCGAUUUAAUCACAACUGUCACAAUAUAAGGAGUUUUCCUCAAGGCCGCCUGCCAUUUAUCGGCUAGCUGAGAAUUUCAACUUCCCUUUAAAGUACAAAGUAAGUUUCUAGCUCUUACGGUAGUUGAGCGAGCCAUGGGAAUGAGACCCCUAGUGGCUCAAAAUUUAGAAAUGGCAUAAACAGAAUCCAGCACAAAUACAAAACGGGGAAUGCCUGGCUAGGGGGAAGUAUUUCAGAAAAGGAUCUGGGCGUUAUAGUGGAUCACACAUUGAAUACGAGCCAACAAUGUGAUGUAUGUGCAAAAAAAAAGGCUAAUAUUCUGGGGUGUAUUAACAGGAGUGUCCAAUGUAAGACA